AUGCCCCUGGAACUCAACAUCUUGAGUUUCAAAGGCUCAGAUACCCGAAAAAAUUUCAAAGGCCAUCUUUACAAAGCCUUGGAGCAGAAGGCAAUUCAUACUUUCAUUGACGAUGAGCUCAGCAGGGGAAAUGAAAUUUCUCUUUCACUUAUCACAGCAAUUAAAGAAUCAAAGAUCUCCAUCAUCAUCUUCUCCAAAAACUAUGCAUCUUCACUGUGGUGUUUGGAUGAAUUGGUCGAGACCCUCAACUAUAGGGAAUUGUUUGGACAAUUGGUUUGGCCAGUCUUCUUCAAUGUGGAUUCUUAUGAGGUAAGAAAUCACACAGGAAGUUUUGGGAUUGCUUUAGCAGAAUACGAAAUAAGUUUGAAGAUUAAGUACAAGAAAAAGCUUUCCAAUUAG